GCAUUUGCGCAUGCGCGAAAGUGGAGCUAUAUAGGGUUGUGGGAGAUGCUGCUACGUUUAUACCUCAACUUGCUUCUUCCCCGCCGUUACUGUAGGCUCAGUGGGCUCACGCAGAGCGUGAAGAACAGCUACACCACUGUCAGUAGCGGUGAGAAGUGCAGGAGCCUGCCAGACGGGGUGUGGCCAACCAUGAUAACGCCAUUUCUCAACGACACAUCAAAAUCAGUGGACUGGAGGUCCUUAGACUUGGUGACUGAUUGGUACAUCAAGUCUGGCUGUGCAGGGCUCUUCUCUGUGUGUCUGUCUAGUGAAAUGUUCCAGCUGAGCAAUGAGGAGAGAGUUGAAAUUGCAAGACAUGUGGCAGAGAAAGCAGAUGGGCAUGUACCAGUGGUUGCAGGAGCAACUUUUGGAGGCAGGUUGGAGGAGCAAGCGGAGCUGAUGAAGGAGAUCGGAAAGUACGUGGACGCAGUGGUGAUCAUCACAAAUCAGAUCUGCGACAUGAACGAGAGUGAUGACGUUUGGAUGGAGAAUGUUAGCAAACUGAUGGACAUGACUGGUGACCUUCCACUCGGACUCUAUGAGACUCCUCUACCGCAAGUCAGGGCCCUGACUCCAGGGAUGCUGGCCUGGUGUGCCGGAUCAGGGAGAUUUCUCUUCCACAAGGACACAUCAGAGGACACAGGGGGUCAUGCUGAGAAAACUGGCAGCUGUACAGUCCCUCCCUCACUCCAACCUCAAGUUCUUCACGGCCAAGUCACAGUUUCUGAGCACAUUGCUGAGUCACGGAGGAAAUGGGUUUAGUGGAGUGAUAGCUAACUUCUUUCCCUGGGUCCCUGUCUGGGCUGUGCAACAAUCGGGACGUGGCGAGUGAGGGAAGGGAGCGAGUCCAGCAGUUUUUGUCUGUAGCUGAUCGUGUCAUUGCCCACAAGUACCCCACGUCGUCCAAAUUCUAUCUGGCCAGCCAAUACAACAUGCCGAUCCUCCCCCUGUCCAGGAUGCAUGAUGUCACCAUCAAUGACCAAGAUAUUUUUUCACUGCAAAGUUUGCAUCAAAUGAUGACAGACCUCUGUCAGGAGCUGUCUAUAGACACUGUUGAUCCCACGUCACCAAACUGACACACCGCCACAUUUUUUCAACGUUUCGUGCUUGAUUUCUACCAUUUCAGUUGGGAAGUAUAAUAUAAGCAACAGUGCAUAGGAAGGAGGGGUGCAAGCAUAGAAAAGACAUGAUGAGUUGUGCAAGGGGAAUAAUGCUCUAGCUACAGCACAAGGUCUGAGUCAAUUCUGGAGUUUUGGCUCUCCGGGCAGUGUCUUCAGUACUGUGGAGAGCGGUCUCUACGGCCCACUGGACUCGGCGAACGCCUCCUGUCUUGGGCUGGGGGAGCCACGGCCUCGGUACGGUGAACGGCUUCGAGAUCUGCUCCUGCUGGAUAAAACAAUAGUUGUGCUUGUCAAACACAGGUAUAUAUACACAGCCACUGCAAUGAUUGAGACGAGCAUGCAAAAGACAUGAAUCGUCUACCCACAGGCUAUGGUGAGAGAGAGAGAUGCAUGGCGGAGGGCGGAUGUGUGGAUGGGUGGAUGCAGUGUGUGACGAUAGAAGCCUGAUGCGUAGGGUGGUUGUGAAAUGCAGCACAGGAGAGAAGAGAAGCGUGGAAAAGCGGAGGUAGGUAGGGAGGGUGUUUUGGGAGACAGAUAGGAGUUUAGGGAGGGGUGCUGAGGGUGAGAAGGCGAAGUGAAACACUAGCAGAUAGCGCUGGGUUGCGACGUUGGAAAAUCACACGCAGGGAUGCAAGAAAACAGGAGUGGGGAGAGAGAGGACACUAUUGUUGGUUGUGUGAUGCGUGAGUGCAGGCCGCGCAAUGGACA